UGUCACUCUCAGUGCAAAAAAUCGACUGGUGGAUGUGAUCAGCCAUGGAUGUGCAUGCUUUCUGGGUUAUAUAAAUAGGGACCCAAUCAAGCUUCCCUAGCAGUUACCAACCCCGUUCAUAGUACUACUACUGCAUUUGCAAUCCAGCUCCUCAUCUCUCUCUCUCUCUACUGCAUCAUAGAAACAACAGCGCUCCUCUGCUCCAACAACCAGCCAGGCAGGCAGGCAGGCAGGCAGCUCUUUUCAAGCCAUCUUACUACUUCUCUUUUCGUCUUCUCCUCGAAUCGGCUAAUUUGUUCACAGGAGAGCUAGAUGCUAGCAAUGAACCAACAUCAGGAGGAGUCGUGUGUUCCCCCGGGAUUCAGGUUCCACCCAACAGAGGAGGAGCUGGUGGGGUACUACCUGGCUCGGAAGGUGGCCGCCCACAAGAUCAACUUGGACAUCAUCCAGGAGGUGGAUCUCUACCGGAUAGAGCCAUGGGACCUCCAAGAGAGGUGCGGCGGCGGCAGGGGUGGCGGCGGAGCACGGCCGGAUCAGGAGGACCAGUCAUCAUCGGAGUGGUACUUCUUCAGCUUCAAGGACCGCAAGUACCCCAGCGGCACCCGCACCAACCGCGCCACGGCGGCAGGGUUCUGGAAGGCCACCGGCCGCGACAAGCCGGUAACCUCAUCCAAGAGCCAGGGCGUCAUCGGCAUGAGGAAGACACUCGUCUUCUACAGGGGCCGCGCACCCAACGGUAGGAAGACCGACUGGAUCAUCCACGAGUACCGUCUCCAGACAAGCGAGCACGGGCCCACACAUCAGGAGGAAGGUUGGGUGGUGUGCCGGGCGUUCCAGAAGCCGACCCCGAACCAGAGGUCAUCCUACAUCUUCCCCACAUACUCCGCCGCUCCACAUCUCGGUGGCUACUACAACGCGCGGCCCUGGCUGUACGACCAAGGCGGCGACCUCGGCUUCCCCGGCCAGGGUGCCCAGUACUCCCCCUAUGACCCGCUGGAGAGCAAGCAGAGCAUCUUCAGCAACAUCCCGCAGCUCAUUGAGAAGCCGCCGAUGACCACCGCCGCUGCUGGUUGCGGCGACGCCCGCUAUGACUUUGUCCAGCAGGGACAGGCGGCAGCCGACAUCGACUGGAAUUUCCUGGACAGCUUGCUGUCUACGUCUCCGCAGCUAGUGCCACCUCACACCUUCAGCUUCCCUCAUGAGGGGGACCGAGAGGCCCUUGGUCUUCCACGUCCACUAGAAGUAGAUCAGCGCAAGUUGUAGCGAAUGAACUAUUGGUAUACGUCAGCCUUGGUGCAUGUGAGCUUCCUCUAGCGCGAGCUUCCAUUGUAUCAUUGUACCAUGUACAUUUGCAUCUGACCCCUUGAUUUGUUGGUCAUGUAAAUAUAAAGGAACCUAGGUGUAACAUCCCCGGACAAUUUUCAUAUUCAUGAAUAUUUUUGAAUAAAAGACUCAAAAGAAAACUGAAAAUAUUAUAUAAUCAGAAGAAAAGAGAAGCUAAAAAAACCGAACCGAAAGCAUAGAAAUAUAAUCAAGGGAACAGAUUGGUGGCCGAAAAAAAAUAGCUGAAACUGAUCAAUACAUGGUGUAAGAGCAUGUGAUCUAAAUCAAGAACUAAGUGGAUGCAUAAAAUUAAAGUCGGCGACUACUACCGCAUAUGCAUACGAGCUGAAC